UCGAGCCGUGCGGACGCAUCCACCGCAUCAGGGCGGUCGUCGGCCCAAAAACAAACAAAACUCCCAGUGUGAUAAGUGAUAUAGCGCCCUAGAAAUCGAAAAGACAAUUUGAAAAACUCAUUCUCGCUCUCUGAAGCUCAGCUCCCCGUGUACCUUCUCGUCAUUGUGAUCUGUUUUUCCCCAUUUUCUUGUUAUGCUGUUGAGCAACACAAAGUGACACAAAGGCAGCACGGAAUUCGAAAUUCCAUCGCAGCACGCGUGUGAUCCAAGCUACCAUCGAGAGGACAACAUUUUUGCCAACGGAGCAAAAAUCGAUACGCGGUCGGUGCGGCCGCACUAUUGUGGUUAGGUUCCGUUGUUGUUGGUUGUAGUGUUGGUGGUGGUCGACGAUUGUGAAAUUCUUAUCAACUUGCCCACCACGUUGACUCACUUAUCGAAAGAGGGAAGAGAGAAAGUCGCGCCUGGCUGCCUGCCUGCGUUUCGAUUGUUGUGCGGGACAGCUGACGACGGGGCGGCGUGCGUACGUUGUGUUGUGUGUGAAGAAGGAAGGGGGUGUCACACCACCACCACACAUCCUGCGGUCAUUAUGUAAGACAAAGGAGCAGCAAAGAAGAAACCAGCGUGGAACAACGCGCGCAUAAUUGCUGCUGCGAGGGAGGUGGAAAGUAGGUGUGCUGCGUGAUCGAUAAAAAAACCAUCCCCUCGUUGAUUGAAAACCGCGACCGAGAGCAGCGCGGUUUGUUUUGGUUGUGUGUUAUUGAUCGGCGUUCGUGGGCGUAGAGGUUUUGAGAGGUGGUAGGGGGGAGGCAGCAGAAACCCGUACGCAACGAAAAAAGGGUUCACACCAAGAAGCAGCUCAAGAAGAAAAAGAAGAAAACUGUGUGUUGGUAUACGCGAAACACCACACGAACACUAGGCGCGGACUGCUGUGUUUGUGUCAGUAGGAAGGUAGCGCGCACGCCACAGAAUCAAAACAAAGAAAAUCAUCUGAUUGGACGCAUAGCGCCACUGACGACGCCACCCUGCUAGACCAGUGAACCCCACCGCGCAAGCUACCAUCAGCAUCAUCAUCGCCAUCAUUAUCUCCAUCAUCGUCAGUCCGGCCGUAGUUGGUUGGGUGAAUCGAUUUCCCGCGGCGUGUGUUUGUUGUUUUGGUGGCCGCGACGACGAACCGAACCGAGCAGCAGAAACUUGCCGCGAGGAAGAAAAAAAGUGUGCACCGGAGUGCGCGAGCGCAAAACAAACACACUUCUUCGCACGCAGCCAGUUUUCGGGUGAUUGAGUCGAAAACGAACUCCGCCAGCGAGAAACGUGCAAAAGAAGAGAAGGGUGGGGUUCUGGCGUGAAGUGAGGAAGAAGAUGUUGAUAUACAGUUCUUGGGACGGUGUUGCUGCUCAAGAUCACUUUUUUGUGGUACAAUUCUGGCCGAUUGAAUAGUUUGGUGCGGCACUGACACGCACACGAAACCGAGGAAUCCAUCCCCCCCGAGAGGAUAUUCGAAACGUUCAUAUACAACAAUCGUGGACUUGCCGAGGGCAACAGAGAACGCCCAGCAGUGGCGGACGAUGAGUAGCUUCGGUGGUUCGCAGAGCAGCGGAGGCGCCAACCAUUGUCAGUAUCAGCAACAGCAGCAACAGCAACAGCAACAGCAGCAGCAGUACCUUUACUCUUCGAUCGAGAUCGCAGACGACGGUAAUCUUCUGACGAUCGUGAAACAGGAGCAGGAACCAUACGGUUCCUCCCCGACAAACAGUUACAGUCAACAGCAGCAACAGCCCAUGAUGGAUGCCCUUAGCAGCAAUCCGAUGCUAACGACGGCUUCGAUGCCGAUUCCAUCGCGGAACGUCCAACACCAGCGCAUGAUGAUGAUGGGGGGAGGCGGAGGCGGUGUUGGUGGUGGUAUUGGAAGCGCUGGCAGUGGCGUUGGUGGACCCGGUGCAUCGGAUUUGGAUUUUGUCGAGAUGGAACAGCAGUACCACCGCCAGACCGGUGGCGGUCAUUUGUUGCACGAAGUCGUCACGGUUGGUGCCGGAAGCAUCGGUUCCAACUCGAACAGCCUCGGUGGAGGUGGCGGAGGAAAUGGUCUUAACGUGGGCAGCUACUCCACCAUAAUGCCAAACCAGCUCGACACCAUUUUCACCAUACAGAAUGGAUGGGACAAUACGAUUCUGACGGCAGAUGGUAUCGACAUCGGGACGUUCAGUGUUCCGCACGGUAGCAAUGGGGGUCUGCCCAUGAUGCUGGAAUCAUGGAACACCAUGAAUGGGAAUGAUACCGUUGAUGGAGGUGGUUCAUUCGAUCAGAUCAUUUCGCCUUCUUCGACAACCUCCUCAUCGAUUACGCAGAUCGAUCCGAGCAAUACGAUGAUCACGAUGGGGCUGAACGAUGGCGGUCUAGUUUCCGGGAAUGUCGGCUUGGGGCCGGGUACGCAGAUGAUGGAGGAGUUUGAGAUCUAUCCGCUGGAAGAUUUCACCAACGAGUUCCUGACCGGCGAUCUGAACACGAUCGAAGGACUGUUCCAUGACGAUAUUACCCUGCUGGGUCAACCGCUUAGCCAGCAAUCGCCCAAUCUGAGCGGUGACAGUGCCGUCAUCCUAUCGCCGAGCCUACCGCAGCAGAUUCUUGGCCGUCCUGCCACUGGCACUGCUCUGACGCUGCUCGCCACAUCCGAUAACUCACUGACCGGUGGCAACAGUAACAACAGUCUGUCCGGGUUCAGCUCGGAGAUGCAGCUGCAGAACGAUCCGAUGGUAACGGCCAACAGUUUUACCGGAACCGGAAUGGCCGCUUCCAACGUUGGUGGUGGCAGUACGAAUCUGCUGGCGUACGAUGAGCAGACGCGCAGCUCGAGCUCUCCGUUCGAUCUGUACACGAAGCAGGAACCGAACAGUGCCGUUCAGUCACCGCUCGCCUUCUCACCGAGCAGCCACGGAUCGAGCCCCUCGAUCACCGAUGGUGGUGGUCUGCUGAUGAUGGACGGUUCGUUGUCCGGUGGGAAGCAACUGCUGCAGAGUUCAUUCAACAAUAACAACAACCACUCCAUAACAUACGCCAGUAGUCCCAGACGAAGUGGUGGUGGUGGUCCGAGCCCAACCAUCAGUGCCGGGAAGUUAAUCAAGAGUGGCAGCGGCAACACAAACAAUAACAACAAUAAUAGCGAGACAGCCAAGAACCAAAACUAUACCGGUGGUGGCACGAUGGAACCUUCGCAGAUGCCACAGCGCGCAGCACGGCGGGGUAUCAACUUUAGCCGGAACAGUGGCAACGUUGGCCAGGUGCAGCACAAUCCUAAAUACUCGACACUGCAGCAGCUGUUGAUGAGCAAUACGCCAGAGCUACGGGGCAGUGGUCUGCUCGGGCAGUCAGUGCCGAGCACGUCGUCUGGUUUGCUCAGCCCUGGCAGUUACACUGGCCGGCGAUUGAUGCAAACGGCCACAGCAACCGCUGCCUCGAGUGGUGGUGUUUCGGUGGGCUCGAGUGCUGGAACGUCCGGAUUGGGAGUAGGAGGUGCGGCCGCAGUCGCCUCCGGUAGUGGUUCUCUCGUAUCGCGUCUAUCUUCGUCCGCUCCAACGCAUAUCUCCGGAUUCGAGCAGAUCUGGCAGCGACGUGAACCACGACCCCAUCUCCUUUCAACUGGCAGUCUGGCCGAAGCUGGUUCUACCUCGUCCCUCAGUACGGGCGGUAUACUGAGCCCAGAAGCACCGGAUUAUUCCCACGAUGAGGGCUACUCGGACGACAGUGACCAUUACGAGGAUUAUUCUAGUGGUGAAGAUUCCGAUAGUGAGGAUACUGGUCGUGUGUCGAGCAGUCUGGGCAGUGGCAGCAAGGCGAAGCGCUACUUUUGGCAAUACAACGUGCAGGCUAAGGGGCCGAAGGGACAGCGGCUGGUUAUUAAGACGCAAGCCGAAGAUCCUCAUGUGCUGAAUGCCGUUACCGAUCCCGUCUUUAGUCCGCAUUGCUCCGUGCGUGGCAUCAAGAAUCUACGCUUACAGCACAGCGGCAAGGCACGCAAAGGUGAUGGUAAUGAUCUAACGCCAAAUCCACGCAAACUGCACAACAUCGGCAAGGAGCUAGACAAGCUGGGGCGCGUCAUAAACGACAUGAAGCCGGUCAGCGAGCUACCGUUCAAUGUGCGGCCCAAGACGCGCAAAGAAAAGAACAAGCUGGCCUCCCGAGCCUGUCGGCUGAAGAAGAAGGCACAGCACGAGGCAAACAAGAUUAAGCUGUAUGGGCUGGAAACGGAACACAAACGCCUGAUGAACGGUAUAUUCCAACUGAAGCAAAUUCUGGUGGGCAAGUGUAAUAACACCAUCAAGACGGAAGAUGCGGAAGAGUACAAGCAGCAGCUGGAUACUCUGGUGCAAACCUCCUCGAAAAUUAAAAUUGCCGGCAAUUCGACCGAGUUUGUGAACAAAAUGCUCGAAAAUGUGCGGGCAGGCAACAACAUCAGCAUCGAUACGGUGUUGGAGAACUUCUAAGCGGUGGAAACUGUAUUUGCGGUCCGUCCCAUUUUCCCAUGCCCUAGUGGUGGUCAAUGUUUUGAAUGAAUUUUAAUGAGACUGUGCGUAAGAUAAGGGCGCUAAGGGAUGGGCGGGAUCCAUCGUGCCACAGAUCAGCCCGACCAAAUCAGCGUUCAUUCGACGACAAGGACGACGAGGUGCCGAACACCAUUAUGAAGACAUUUUAAGGUUUACUUUGCAAGAACAAAGCGAACUCGGAUUACAAUACACCAUUAUCUAGGUGAUGAUAAGAAAGAAGGAGAAAGGGAGAGAGAUGAAGCGUUUAAAAGUAUGUGUUUCACAGAACCAGAUGAGACGUUAGAGUAGUGGUGUAGUGUUUGAAAGGCUUACAUCUGCAUAUAACUAAGUGAUUUUCUAUUAUCUUAAGAUUAAGGCAUGAUAGGCUACCAGGAGUAGAGAGAGAGAGAGCUACGGAUGCGAAAUAGGCGGGAGUUUGAUGAUUCUUUGAUAUUUCCCAGCACUCUGAGUGCGCAAUGUAAUUGGAUGACAAUGAUGCGAUGAGAAUUUGAUAUACGUACGUACGACAGUCCUGUAGACAGGCAUUCAGCGCCAUUCUUUCCAAACACGCAUACUGCGUGAUCCUAUCGCAUAAUGUGGAGUUCAAUUCUUCACCUGUUAUUCUUGUGUUUCAACAGCAAAACGUCCUUAAACUGGUUUGCUUACGCUUUAUGCUUGUGCAGGAUAAAAGAAAAAAGUAACUAUUAGGGUCCAGGUUUCGAUUAAGAAUAUUUUUCCAUUUCAUCCUUCAUCUCCAGUAGACCUUACUCAGAAUCUUAAGAAACACUAUCGCACACCAGAUACCUACAUACGACGAUGACCAUAGAUACACACGCGCUCACAUAGUGCAUGCGUGUAUGUGCGUGCAGGCGUGAUCAGGUGAUCGGUAUAACCAACAACUGCUGGGACAAGCAAACGACGGACUGAGAUUGUUUUACGGGGUUCGCGUCAAACGUGACACCCCCCAAAAAAAAAGAGAAAGGUGUACAAGAAAGAAGGCAAAAGAGAAGCAAUUUUGCUAAGCAGAUAACACAAGAAACACUUAUAUUUGUGCCACUCAAUUCAACAAAAAAAAAACGAAACACUCCCAACAGUCGUUUAACAGUAGGCUGUUGGGGUCCGCAAGGAAACCGCAAGAAGAAGGGAUGAUGUGCAUCCAGUGGAAAUGUAUGAAAUAUGACGCUCAGGUUGUAACUUACGCAAGAAGUACAUUUGAAAUGAAAACCAAACCCCGUGUGAUUCGUGCUGACGAGAGGAUAUGAUGAGUAAGAGAUUCAUCUUUUUCAUAUAUUAUAUACAUAUGCAUAUAUUAUUCUUCUUUUGAGUAGCGAGUAAGGAGCGUGUGCUUCGCGUAUCGAUCAUAGUCGACAGCAGUCAGUUUGUAAAACUGUCAAUUGCAUCCACAAUAAAUGGUUCCAGUGUAUCCUUGAAGCGAGGAGGAUGUAAAAUCGAGGAGAAAGUGAAAAAAAUGCGAUCAGCGAGCCAAAAGCAGCUCACACUCACACCCCCCACACAAACAGCCGCCAUCUCCUCUUCCGAAUCGAAGUAAAGAAGAGGAAGAUUAUAACCAUUGAUACUGACACACAUAUGUACCUAAGCGCGCUAACGCUAACCGAUAGCAGACUAAACGUUUUUUCAUUACUUUCUAAGAUGUUGAGGAUAUUUUUUCCCAUCAAAUCAGUUAGAUUAAGAAUUAGUGUGAUAAGAGAUAGAAGGGAGCGAAGCGGCAAGGAGAGCAGACGAAGCAGAUGGUAGCGACUACGAAUCCUUGUAGGAUUAGCGUUUGCACCGGUAGAUUGCAGGAGCGAGGGAGAGAGAGAGAGAGAGUGAGAGAGAGACAGUGUACAUCAUUAUAUGUAUGGACCUUCCUCCUUUCCUUUCUGUAUCACAUCCAAGUGUGAGCCCAUUUUCAUAAUGUUUUUUUUUGCCGUUUGCGCCCUUAACAGCGCGUGCACCGAAGUGUCUGGUGCGUUUUAGAUGCGUAAGUUUCUCUUAAACGUAGUAAUAGUAGGCUGGAAAGAUAAUAACCCAUUUGGCAGCGUGUCCCCGCCGCCUUUGAUCCCAACAACUUUUAUCGCCUCCUUUUUUAUAUCCAACAACAAUUGCGUAGUGUAGGCUAGAUGUUGGAAAAUGGAAUUUGUCUGUGAGCACGGAACGGAAUAUAACCGAAGUGGGAAUGUGGUGGAAAAUUUCAAGAAUUUUCCUUUAUCUGUUUCGUUUUAAGCGAUACGAUGAUGAAGAGGCGGUUCCUGUGUUAUCUCUCUUAGGUACUGGGUACCGGUUGACUCCGGUCUGCCGGUGCCAGGGAUAUCGAAAGGAUGUCGAGAAGAGACAGACAGACAGGCAAUCAGACAGAAAGGUGGGGACAGUCUUGCCUAGUAUUGUGUCGUGGCGUUACGGAUGCGCCGUUUGUUCCAUUCAUGCAUCCUUCAUAACGCGCACUCGGUCUGGUGCAAGUUCUGAUGCUGCCACAGCAAAGCAUUUAGCAAUCCACUUCCUCAGUGCGGCCAUAAAAGCCAAUGCUGCGGAAGGAGAUCAUGUGCGCGUGUUCCAAGCCACCGGAGAUACCCAGAAAGGACAGCAAUAAUGUGUGCGUCGUUGCGGCAGUCUGAGUUUUUGUACGUUAUUUUUUUUUAUUUUUCCCAUGUUUUCCAUAUUGCAGCUGUGGCAUCGAAAUAACAACAGAAACAGUACCCCCCAACAAAACAAACAAUCUGUGAUUUUCGUUAAUAUUUGUAAUUAUGAUACUACCGUGUGGUUGUUACCCCGUCGAUUACCGCGCGCGGUUGGCGUUUGAGUUUUUCUAACCGCUGCGAUCAUUUUUGCCGAUUUGUGUGCGAUUUGUGUACCUUUUGCGUGGGGUUACGAUUGCUAUUCGCAUUAUUAUGCGCAUUAUCUGUUUAAGUUUUCUGUUGCUGCGCUCUACCGGUUGGGUGGUAGCGUGUCUACUAUGAUUACACUGAAAACAUUAGUGUGGUAAUGCCGGCUACUUGGAUGUGUUGCAAUUUCCUUUUGCACAGUGCACAAGGAUUGGUUGGUCGCAUGGGCGCCACGGUGAGAUGCGAGGCCUCCUGCCACGACGUAAGCUUUUCAUAGGCCUUAAGCGUUUUAUCUCUCUCUUUCUCUUUUUUGGGAAUAAUAAAGCAAGAAAUGAAAUAAAAUUAUUUAAGGGCAUUGCUUACACGUUUUAUUCGAUCGAUAGGGGAUAGAGAUGUUGUUUUCAUCAUUAUUGAGAGAGGUAGCCGUAGUAAGGUGCAGAAGUUGGGUUGUUGGAAUUUUCUUAUACCUUUUACCUCGUGAUACAUUUAGAGCUAUUAUGUUUUUGAAUUCACUACAAAAUACCCUCUUUCUCCAUGUGUUUGCUAAUGUGUGACCAUUAUGUUAAUCUCCAAUGCGAUAUGCGAUAUACCUAUUCAUCUAUGAAUCAUCUUCAGGCUACUUCGAUUACUACAACAAACUACUACUAUUAUUACUACUAAGUGCGAGUGCUGUUUUCGCGAUGAGACACAAAAACCAACAAAAUUAAAAGCAAGAAAAAAGGAUAGAGCGACAGGGAGGAAGAUGAAAAGGUUCCUACAGGCACGGAUUGGCAUAGGUGUUAAAAAUACAACAUAAUUCCCCACAACAUUACUCCCCAAACAUGAAACCGAAAUGUACAAAAGAGAAGGGUGCAGAAAAGAUAUGGAAAAUCCGGUACCUGGCGUGGAAAGCAGAUUAAAGUGAUGAUUGGAAUGAAAGGCAUAGGCGUAGAAGAGCCGGCAAGCAUUUCCAAUCAUGCUGUUGGUUACUACCGUAUUUUACUAUUUCCCUUAACAAACGAUCGGCAUCCGGUUGAGUCUUCUACCUCAGCAUACCCUCACCCCACACUUACGGCACGCCGGCUGUCUCAAAGUAAAGAAUGCAAAACACGCUACAACGAAACGGCGCCUUAUUUGCAACAGAAUUAUCCCUUACCACGAAAUGCCAUCUAUCGAUUUGUUUUGUUAAUACCAUUUCAAUCAGAAAGCAUUCAUUAAUACAAGAUAGUUCUAAGUCUGUAUCUGUGACAAAUAAGGGCGGAUGGUUUGCAUCAAGGAGUGGCACAAAGUGGGAGUUUCUGCCAGAGGGUACUAGAACGUGUAGAACCUAACACACAAAUCAAACUGACAAACUGUGUAAUAGUUGUGCUUAUGAUAAACAGGAAAUCCACAAUAAAAGUAAUGAUCAUAAAGA